ACCGAUGGCCAAUGCAGACCGAGAGGGGACUUUGCGGGCAGGAUCGACUUUGAUCAUUCCCUGUUUUCCAGCUUUUGUUAUUCCUUACGGAGCUUAAUUUAGGAGAGAAGUGCGCGACAUGACAGCAUGACGUCAGCGGGAGCUGCUCGGUCACAUCCUUCCCGCAUCAUCACUCAGCGGCUCGCAGCCUCGCACCGCUCUCCUUUCCCCCCUUGCGUCCGAAGCACCGUGUAACUUAUAAAAAGAGUAAUAUUAAUAAUAAUAAAAAAAACUUGGAACCACUGCAGGUGAUUGAUAAAAUCGCGACGCGGGGAGCCCUUGAAAGAGAAGGAUACCUCCGAUCGGCUGGGACAUGGCCAGACAAGAGCAGGUCCUGCUGCUGGAACCACAACAUGAACUGAAAUUCCGAGGUCCAUUCACAGAUGUUGUUAUUACCACCCUGAAGCUUGCUAACCCAACAGACAAAAAUGUGUGCUUCAAAGUGAAGACGACAGCUCCACGCCGGUAUUGCGUCCGGCCCAACAGCGGUGUCAUCGAUGCCGGAACUUCCAUCAAUGUAUCUGUUAUGCUGCAGCCGUUUGAUUAUGACCCCAACGAGAAAAGCAAACACAAGUUCAUGGUGCAGUCCAUGGUAGCUCCCGCUGACAUGACAGACAUAGAGGGAGUGUGGAAAGACGCAAAGCCUGAAGAGCUGAUGGACUCCAAGCUUAAAUGUGUCUUUGAGCUUCCUGCAGAGAAUGAGAAAACGCAUGAUAUGGACACCAACAAAGUGCUGUCCUCCAGUCUGCUAAAAUCCGAAUCUUCCACAUUGUCCAAGUCUGCAUCCCUGGAUGAUGGAGAGGACAAGAAAAUAAUGGAGGAGUGCAAAAGGCUGCAGACGGAAGUGCAGCGACUACGCGAGGAAAACAAACAGAUCAAGGAAGAUGAUGGUCUUCGUAUGAGGAAGGCUACGUCGAUGUCCGCUGCCCCCAGCCCCUUCUCUCCAUCUGCCCCGGGCUCUGCCCUGAAGGAGGAGGGGCCCAACACCAGAGCCCUUGCCUUGUGCGUGGUCUUCUUCGUCAUCGGCGUCAUCAUUGGCAAGCUGCUCCUGUAGAUGCCGACAACGACGGUAUCGUGGGUGGAAUCGAGAAAACGGUCCUCGUGGUUCUCAUCAGAAUGCCAUAUAAUGUGCAUAGAGUUGAAUAGUCAAAUAAUCUAAAGUUACAGAAGAAGGCAAACUAAUAUAUAAUAAUAAAAUAAGAAAAACAGUGGCAGGUCUUGCUUUUUAAUAAUUAUACCCUUUUUGAGAUCCAUCCCUAUUUGCACAGAAAAAAAAUCUCAUGGGGAGGAUAGUAAAAAAAAAAAAAAGUAAUCAAAUGAAAAGAUUAUAAACAUUAUUAUAAGUUUGUUAUACAGCAAACAGGCUUCUCUAAAAACCAGUUAGUAAUGUGACAGACUGCAGCAUUGAAAUGGGACAGUGUAAAUGCUGUAUCUUCGGUUUUUAAACAGCAUGCUGUCUGUGUGGAUUCACUGGUCGGGGCCGCAACUCAUUCCUGACUGUUAGUCACCUUAAGUUACCCCCCUCCCCCCACCCCCACCCACUCAAACACAUCUUUCAGAGGCCUUUGGCAGAGCUGAUGAAAGGAUCAUGCAAACCAGUUGUUCUGUCUGAUUGGAUCAGUAUGACACUGGAGCACCAUUUCGUGCUUUGCAGCAUGCUUGCCCCUUCUGGGACUGGUGUGCUCAUAGACAUUCAUCCGAAUACAUAUUUCAGUCCACAAACUGCAAUGAAGUGUAUCAGUCUCUCUCUCCUUUACCCCUUCUCAGAACACUAAGUGGUUUGAUGCAUUUUCUUGACUCUUAUUUCUGGUUUGCACACAUUUCAUUGUCACCAAAUUCUAGCAACUUAUUACUUCUUUGAAGUGCUCUUGCCUUCGGAGAGUAGAACAUGCCAUGGAUUACCAUGGCAGAUUAGAUCCUACAAUCUGAAGAAAACUCCAUAACCAUGUAGGGGAAGCUAACCGCUAACCUCCAGCUGGGUUUGUUUGUUCUUGGAAGUGUUAUAUGCAGUAAGUACAGAAACUGAGUUGAAAAAAAUAGUUUGACUUUUUUUUGGAAGUUAUUAAAAAUAAGUUUGCCUCUUAAGAAUAUCAAUAAAUGAUGCUUCAAAGGACCAGAUAUUCAUAUCUCAUAAAGACGUGUCGCUAUGUGCAAAGGGUAGGAAUAGCAACAAUGAUCUUGAUUCCUACCAGUUAAACAUAGUGGGCAGUGCUGUAAUGUAAUAAUGAACAAUGGAAUACACUGUGUAUAAAUCACAUUUAUUUUAAACAAUAUCUAUGUUAAGUAAUAUAUUCUUGGUAUCUUAUUUUUGUGUUCAUCUGCAAAAAAAAAUGUUUCAAUGGGACCAUUUUGUGAUCUAGGGUUUUUUUCCCCCCUUUUUACAUUGUUGCAUAUUGUAGAUGGAAGCUAUGCUUUGGUGGAUCAGUUCAAAGAGGAAAUUUUCAGAAGGUGGGAUUUUUUUGGGGUAGGUCUGCUCACUGGCUUGUCUACUCAGAUUGUCAGAAAAGCAGUCAGGUAACAAUUUUGUAUGUACAUAAAUCAACCAAUAAGCCUAAUAAUGUAAUAAUUAUAAUAAAUUAGUCUGUUGACUAAAAAGCAUA